UUACUAUCAGUCAGCUGAUAUGCGGGGGUGUAUUCAGUUUAAUCAUCAGUUGAAAGUAGAACAUCAUUAACUGGAUACCCUUAUGCAACAAGAAGUGUAGAAGAGUAGCAUUUUCAUUACAAAUAAAUGGGAGGAACAAGCUUUAGGUCAAAUUUCGAUCACAGAUGUAAAGCAGCUGAUAGCUGAUUAGUGAGCACGGUCUCACAUAAAGGCCGCAGAUUAGAUACAAGGACGCAGCUGUCUGUGCUAUUAAAUUCAGACACAUAUACAGUGUGCUUAUGUUAUAAUUCAAAUUGUUUUUUUCACAGGGAUAAACUUGGCAGGAACCUGAAGAUGAACUGAUUAUUGACUAUAAAUUAUCUGGAUAUAAAUGUAGAGUUUGUUUCAUGUCAGUUUUGAUUAGUAUUUUCUAAAUCUUUGUUUAGUCAAGGUGUAUACAAAAUCAUAUUUAUGGGGGUCAGCCUUGUGUUUAUGCACCUGCUGUGCUGCCCCAGGCUGUUGGUGUCAUCAUGUGUGUACAGUCCCCUUUUCUGUGUACAGGUAAAUAAGAAUUGAAGCAGUUCACCACAGUGCAAGGUGUUUUUGCCAGAUCAGUAGUAAUGUUGCAUGACCGUGAAAGUGAUGACAGAAAAUGAACUGCUGGGUUACGCCUGCGAACAGUUCCUGGGGAAGUCAGUCAUGGAGAUCAAAAGUGUCAUCCUGCAGACCCUCGAGGGUCACCUGCGUGCCAUCCUUGGCACCCUGACUGUUGAGCAGAUUUACCAAGACAGAGAUAAAUUUGCCACUCUGGUACGAGAGGUGGCUGCACCCGAUGUCGGCCGCAUGGGCAUCGAGAUCCUCAGCUUCACCAUCAAGGAUGUUUAUGACAAAGUGGAGUAUCUGAGCUCACUGGGCAAAACUCAGACAGCUGCAGUGCAGAGGGAUGCAGACAUCGGAGUGGCAGAGGCAGAGAGAGACGCUGGCAUCAGGGAAGCCGAGUGUAAGAAAGAAAUGAUGGACGUUAAGUUCUUAGCUGACACAAAAAUGGCUGACUCCAAGCGAGAGCUGGAAAUGCAGAAAGCUUCCUUUAACCAGGAAGUGAACACAAAGAAAGCAGAGGCUCAGCUGGCGUACGAGCUGCAGGCGGCCAAAGAGCAGCAGAAGAUCCGUCUGGAGGAGAUUGAAAUCGAGGUGGUGCAGAGGAAGAAGCAGAUCACUAUUGAGGAGAAGGAAAUCGAGCGUACCGACAAGGAGCUCAUCGCCACUGUGAAGAGACCUGCUGAGGCUGAAGCCUACAAGAUGCAGCAGCUGGCUGAGGGACAUAAGACAAAGAAGGUGCUGACGGCACAGGCAGAGGCCGAGAAGAUCCGCUUUGUCGGUGAGGCUGAAGCCGCAUCCAUUGAAGCAGUGGGAAAGGCAGAGGCUGAGAAGAUGAGGCUGAAGGCCGAAGCCUACCAGCAGUACGGUGAUGCUGCCAAGACAGCUUUGGUCCUGGAGGCUCUUCCCAAGAUUGCUGGUAAGGUGGCUGCGCCCCUGUCCAGGACCAAUGAGAUUGUCAUCCUGAGUGGAGAAAACAGCCGCGUCACUGGCGAGGUGAACCGUCUAUUAGCUGAACUGCCUGUGUCCGUCAACGCCCUCACUGGAGUGGAUCUGACUAAGAUGCCUCUGCUCCAGAAGAUGGUUGGCCCACAGUGCCAAACAGCCAUAUGAUGAAUCAGGCCACAGACUUGUUACUCUGAAUCCUUCGACAUAUAUCUGCCUCAAGCAUGACUAUGGUUUAUUCAGCCCCUAACCCCGUAUGCAACUGCCUUUGACCAGAAACACUUGAUACCAAGAGGUUUUUUUUUUCAUAUUUUUUAGUUUUCUAAAAGGAAAAAAAAACUGGACCCUUACUUCUAAAGGACCAGACUAUAUGUCUUCUGUUGUUUUUAGUUUUUGUUUUAGACAUUGAUUCUUGUUCUAGUUGGGUAUUUCUGUACAGUCAGAAAUCAGAGUUGGCCCACUUUAAACAUAAGAGUGUCAAACAUUAUUUAAAGAAGGAAAAGCACCAUUAGUAGGGGGUGGAAAGAGUUAGACCUGAAUCUCGUUGUUCAGGUUUCUGCCUGAAGUUCGGAAGGCACCACUUCCCUAUCAGGUGUUAUGGCAUUGAUUCACCUUGGCAGCAGAGCAAAGUGUGCCAGCUCCUGUCUUUCUGUCUAUCUUCAGACAGUCAUUGGUUUAAUGCUCAGAGCCCAGCUUGUGAAGUAGUGCACAGUAGACUGAACACAGAGUGGAAUAGACAGCUUUUAUUUCCUCUUUGCUUUUAAAACUAUUUCUUUUAGAUUAGCUGGACUUAGCUCUAACUCAGAGAAUGUCAUGCAUUACCAAAUGGCUGUUGCACUAAAGGCUCAGCAGAUUUUCUCCCACUGUGACUGUAAAAUUGACAGUAUGUUACGGUGAUAUUUAAAUCACUUGUAUCGCAGUUCUUACCUCACAGUAAACCGCCAUGUUGCCUGUCUUCUCAGUUCUGAUGUGCAGUGCCUGUUCACCACUCAAGUGCUCAAACCUUAGGAUGGUGGAUUGUUUUUAUUAAGAUUUAUGUCUGAGUAUUUCACUGUGUUAUAGACGAUGUUAGAUAUUGUUCCCUGUUCACGCAGCAUCUGCUUAUACUAACAGUAGUGUAAAUUCUUCACUUUUGUCACGUGUUUGGACGCACAGGCAGAUAUAAUUGCUAACACAAAGCCAUACUUAGUAGAGAUUAGCCUUAAGAUACUGUGGUCUUUUGCAAGGCUGAACGUUUCUUUAUUACUCAUGUUGUACGUAGUAGACAUUCAGGGUCUGAGCUUUAAUCCAAUCCAAUUUUUCUCUCCUCUCCCUGAGAUGAACUGUUACUCCUCCUCCUACUCAGAUGUAAUAAUGUAUUUCUCAAAUGUUAUUUGAAAUAUUCGCUCUUGCAGACUGUGUACAUAUUUUGUAAUCCCACACCUCACCGGGUUGAAAGCUGCCACUGUGUUGCACAGCUGACCACACCCAAUCCAUGAUGACAAAGCAGGAAUCUAAUUUUACAUUCAGACGGUCCAAGACUCGUGAAGUAGGAGGAUAAGCACGUGAUGAAGGUGGUGCAGGUGGUAAACUCUGUACCUGGCAUUUGUGCUCAGAUGGUGUUCAGUUAAGUAAAUGUCCAAGUCAAGAAGUCGGACCAGUUCUCUUUUUGCUGACAUGCUCAUUUUUUUCUUGCUGCUUGCUGAUCAGGUCAUUCUAAUUGCUACAUGUAGACUGCUAGACUCAACCAGGGAAGUGAUGGCUCAGUGUUACAUCAUCACUUGUGGGGUGAAGACAGUGUGCAGAAAGUUGGAUGUUUCAACCUGGCGGGAUCUAAUUCAUACUCUAACCCUAACCCUAAAUAUGCUCUCUGUUGUCUGUUACAAAUUUAAUCUUCAUAUUCUCAUAUCGACUUGUUGUUUUGCCACAUUAUCCAACCUGCUCACUGUGUGCACAGUUACGUGGGUCUGCCCUUUUUUAACCACUUUGUGAACCAUUGUUAACCACUUUUUACAGUCCAUGAACAUUAUUGUUUUGUUUUAUUUCGCUGCUGAUUGUUUUUAAGUUGUCAGAGUGCCCCCGCUUUCUUUAUUGUCCAUGAAUAAACAUGAAGCUUGUGGCUUGUUUGGUCUGA